CACAGUCGCCGCAGCCAGCUAGCUAGUCCUCGACUCCUCGUCAUUCAGUGUCUGUGCAGACGUCGUUGAGGCAAGAAGGUGCGUGAGACCGAAACGGUCUGGCCUUCCGUCAGUGGCUUUUCGACUCGAGCGGACUUAGCCUGAUCUCGAGGUUCCGAUGAGAACGUUUCGCAAUGAAUGAUUUCGGUCUUUUAAGAAGUGUUUGAAAUAAGCGCGACUCCAAUUCAAGAGACUCAUUUUAACACUCAAAACUUUAGAUAUCGUUUUGAAGUAACUGAAACAAAGUCUUCGGAUUUUCUCAAGACAAUUUAAGUUCAGACGAAAAAUGUAAAGGAAACUGUGUAGAACCUAACUUAUGAAAUUAAAUUUGAUAAAUAAGAUUAAAACAGAAAAUAAUUUAUUUACGUUUAACAUGAAAGUCGACGUAAUUAACGCAAAUGGCGUGAAUCUGUAUGAUUUUGUAAACACAUUUCACCAUUCAAAGACAACUUAACUCGGACUGAAUUUUUGCGGUUGUCACAAUGAAAUUGAUUAGUGAGUGGCUGGUCCUGUGGAUCACGUGGUCUGUGAUCCGGGCCUCGUCACAGAUUAUAAACAACAGCAUCGAUGAUGAUUCCAUGCCAAAUGGAUUGGAAAACAGUCCUUUGGAUGAAGUCGUGGGCGUGGUGGGUGAACAAACGCUCCUUCCAUGUGAUAUAGAUCCGCCCAUCUCUAACGAUUCCACGCAUCUCGUUCUCUUUUACCGCAGCCCGGGCGGUACGCCCAUCUACAGUCUCGAUGCUCGAAGCGUUAGCCUGGACGCCGCUCGGCACUGGGCCGAGACAGAGAUCGGAGACAGAGCUUACAUGACCCUCGGGAAGGGCCCCAAAGGACUGAUUCUGGAGAAACUAACCCUAGCGGACGAGGGCGAGUAUAGAUGUCGAGUGGACUUCCUCGAGUCUCCCACGAGAAAUUCUAGAGUCAGGUUAAAAAUCAUCGUUCCGCCAACCAGCCUGAGGAUCAGCAGUGACCUCGAGAGUGACCUCUCCGUCAGCGGGAUGGUGGGGCCUUAUGCCGAAGGGACGCGCCUCAGCCUUUCUUGCCACGUCAUGGGAGGGAGUCCGAGACCAGAAGUCACUUGGUGGCACGAGGGAUCCCUGCUUGAUGACAUCAGCGAAGUCAAAACGGGACAGCUGACUAGGAAUGCUUUGGUUUUCCAUUCUCUGAACAAACAGGACUUGUACAAGACUUUGACGUGUCAGGCAUCGAACUCGGACCUUGUCGCUCCAAUAUCAGCCCGUGUCACCAUAGAUAUGGCGUUUCCACCGCAGUGGGUUCGAGUUGACGAUGGCUACGGCCAUGUCACAAUGGCAGAGGGCAUAACCCGACGAUUAACGUGCGUAGCCCACGGCUCCAGGCCUCCAGCGACUAUUACCUGGUGGAGAGGUGCAGAUCCACUGCUGGGACAUCAGGAAAUCAGAGAAGUCAAUGGAAAUAUAUCGAGCUCAACGCUGCUGUUUACACCCGAAGCUGCAGACGACGGGGCAGUGCUGACCUGCACAGCCUCCAGCCCCAGCCUUCCAGACGAGGCGAUCAGCAAUUCAACGAAGUUAUCUGUCCUCUACAAACCUCGGCUUCGGCUACAGCUUGGCGCAGACCUGGCCCUCGACGAUUUGGAGGAAGGGGAUGACAUCCACUUCAUGUGUGAAGUAGACUCCAAGCCGGUGGUGACUGGGGUGCAAUGGGCACAUAAUGGCGUCCCUCUGCACAACGACCCCCUAGACGGAGUCUCGCUCAGUAAAUCCAGUUUAACCCGGACCAGCGUCAGCAGAAAGGAGUCAGGUGCUUACACCUGCGCUGCGGCCAAUUCCGAAGGCUCCUCCACCUCUAAUACCAUCCAGCUGGGGAUCAAAUAUCUGCCUACGUGUGUGGAGUCCCAGCAGACGGUCUACGGUGCAGCCAGGCACGAAGACCUCCUUGUCCCCUGCCGGGUGUCUGCCCAUCCUUCUCCGACGUCUUUCAGGUGGGCCAUGAACAGUUCAACCGGUCUAGUAGAUUUAGCCCUAAAUCUAUACAACAGCACCGGAAGAGCCAGCAUCUUGAGGUAUACGCCGAAGACCCACCACGACUUCGGGGAUCUCCUCUGCUGGGCCAUCAAUGACCUGGGACUUCAGAAAGAUCCCUGCGUAUUCAGCAUCAUCCCCGCUGCUAAACCGGAGGCCGUGUCCGGGUGCGUGGCGGAGCGCAACUCCACAAUGCCAGCGUCCUACCUUGUGGUAUCCUGCGUCCCGGGUUGGAACGGGGGUCUGAACCAGUCCUUCACCCUGGAGGUGCGGCAAGCAGCCCACGAGGUCGUCCUGGAUGAGUUUCGCCAUGCGGCAGAACCCUUCUUCAUAAUUACCGGGGUGAAGCUGGGGAUCGAAUACACUCUGACGGUGACAGCCGCCAACAGCCGGGGUUCGAGCCCACCAACCACCAUAUCGUACACCGCCCGAGCCGCGUCGGCAGACAAGGUCGUUUCGCCCCACUCCCACAACCUCCUCCUGACGCUGGCGCCCUUCUUGGUGCUCCUCAUGGGCGUGCUUGUGGCAGUAUCCGCGUGUGUGGGCGUCGGUGUCAUCAUGGCUCGCAAGGGAAGGCAGAGGAAGAACGGGGCACAGAUUCUGUACGCGGGGCCUUUGAAAGAUACCCACGAUGCCCAUGAUGCCCACACGCUCAUUUGCGUCAACAAAGAUUGCGAGAAAGAGGAGCUGCAUCAGAUGCCAGAGAAGAAAGGUUCUCCGGGGUCGUUCUACGUGAAUCCCGGGUCUCUUCUGAAUAAUUCUGGAGGCCUUGGCGCGCAGGAGACAGACGUCCUCCUGAGGGAUCGCCUGGCACCCAUGAACGGAAUGGCCACGAUGGUGGGGAGGGCGCCCCUAGCUUCGACGGACUCCCUCGGAAGGUACUCCACGCACUCUUCCAUCUGCACGACGUCCUCCAAAACGUCCAGAUCGUCGAGGGCUUCGUCCUCCACGGUGGCCUUGAAUCCAGACUACCUGGCGAGGGAGGAAGCUGCCGCCGCAGCCGCUGCGGCAGCGGCCGUCGCAGGGGAUUCUGCUUGCACGCCCUUGGUGGCUCUGCCCAAGGAGAGUUCCGUCUAGUUGUUGACGUCUCUUUUCUUUUCUCGUGUUCAAAAGGAAAGUGAAUCGAUCAAUAUAUAUAUACAACGCGUAUUUACUUCUGUGGGCAUACAUAAGUGAGUUUCUCAAGUGGCCAAGAAAAUAAGAGCCAUUAGGUGCCGCCAAGUGGUCAAAAAGGCGCUUACUUACUUGUCUCUCGGACCUGCUGCUGACGAACGCAAAAUAUACGUAUUUCUUCAUGAGUGAAACGGAAUGAGAUGCGAAUAUGUUUUGUUUCAAAUCCGGUGAACAAAGUAUAGCAAACAAAAGUGACAAGAAAAUGACUUGAUCUAAUACAUUGCUGUACCAGGACAAGCACUUGGAGUAGAUGCAAGCGUCAUUUUUCGUCUUCCCAAUGUACUGCAUUAAAUGUGGUUUCGACGCUGAGGUCCAAGGGAGGUCAUAAUCGAGUUUUACUUCUGUGAAGUGUUUCAGAAAAUUAUUACUGGUGCUAUUCCAUAGAUUAGAAGGAUGGAGACAAAACAGGUGUAGAAGGCAGAGCAAAGGAAAAUUCAUUAGUGGGUGAAAAGAUAUAUUUAUUGAAGAUGGCAGUUUGGUAAAACGUGAGAGUCAGAGGAAGUGCUGAAUCUUUAUACGAACUUAAACUAUAUAUGUAUAUAUAUA